AUGUCAAAGCGCCAGUCUUCAGAUUUUCACAGCUACCGAGCUAUCCGCGCCACCUACACUCCAACAACUAUAACCGUCUACCAAGCUUAUUCAUCGGAGAUUGCCAAUUCUGCAGUCAAGGCACAGAUGUUUAAGCCUCCAUUCUCCCGUACUCGGAUGACAUGGAUUAAGCCCUCCUUCUUAUGGAUGGCAUAUCGUAGUGGAUGGGCCACAAAGCAGCACCAAGAGCGUGUGUUGGCCAUUGAAACUACACGCGAAGGAUUCGAAUGGGCUCUUGAAAAUUCAUGUUUAAGCCACUGGGACACCAAGGGAGAGGAUGCCACAUCGAAUAAAGAUGAAUGGCAGCAACAACUACGUGCCAGUCCCGUUCGCGUUCAGUGGGACCCAGAGCGGGAUUUUCGGAUUCGACCCUUGGAUUAUCGUGCUAUUCAGAUUGGACUUGGCCCAGAGGCUGUGACGAAAUAUAUUGAUGAGUGGAUUGUUUCCAUUGUGGAUGUCACGGCCACGAUGCACAUGAUAAAAGAUCAUUUUCAGGCGGGGGACCUCGAGACUGCGAGAAAAAUGUUGCCAGAUGAGCAGGUGUAUCCCAUACCAAACGGAAUGAAGGAAAAGAUACAUGCUUGGGACUUCCUAUAA